AUGCCAAAAUCAAACCUCAAAAAUGCUGCGCAAAAACGUAUAUUUACACAAAGUAGAAAUAAUGUUGAAAGAUUUUCAGCCGCAAAAAAUAGUGAUCAAGAAUAUAGCGAUCCAGAAUAUAAUGAUCUAGAAUAUAGCGAUCUUGAAUAUAGUGAUUCAGAACUUUUAAUUUAUGAAUCUGAAAAUAGUAAUGAGGAUAAAAUUAAUAAUGAAGAGAUGGAACUUAGUAGAGAAGAAGCUGAACGGUUAGUUUAUGAAAAUGGUUCUUAUUAUAAUAUUCAAUGGAAUAAUGAAGCAUCUGGUGAUCGGUUACCCUAUUAUUCUGGUAGCUCAAAAUGUACUCAGCAACGCAAAAGUAAAGAAUUACGGAAAGCAGCACAAGGGUCAAUGAGUUUGGACAAUUUUUUUAAACUAGUAAAAACAUUAGAACCUACUAAUGGUCUAAAAUUAAAAUGCGGAAAUAACUACUAUGAUCCAGAUGCACCUAAUUGUUGUGUGCAUCACCUUUU